AUGGUCGCUGAGACGCAAUCCUUGCCCAACGAAACGGCACCGCUGUUGACGCCAACUCCGAACUCCGAACCACCCAGCAACGGCAACAACAGCAGCAGCAACAACAAUGGGCGGAAGAAAUUGCUGAUACUCGUCGCCUGCGGUAUAUUCAUUCUCGCGGCCGAUUUUGGCUUUUUUCUGUCGCAAGCCCCGCAGACAGCUAUCUUUGAACAGAUCAUUUGUCGCAAUUAUCUUCUCAAUUCGCGCGAUGACGUGAAUGCGAGUCUGCUCAACUCUCCCUCAGAGGAUCCGUGUAAAUCCGAACUUGUACAGGGAGAGCUUGCCCUCAUCAAUGGGUACAAAGAAACAUUUGAUGUACUACCCAGCAUCCUCUUGUCGCUCCCUUACGGUGUGUUAGCCGACCACUGGGGUCGCAAGCCCGUGCUGUAUCUCGGGGUCGUGGGGAUCAUCCUAGGGGGAGUUCUGGGUCCGGUUGGUCGCCGCAUGGUCAACUGUACUACCACUGCGCAUGUGAUUACCUCCAUGGCCGUUGCGAUGGUGGCGGAUGUCUUUUCCGAGGAGGAGAGAUCAACUGCGAUGUUUCGCCUCUCAUCCUGUGUCCUGAUCGCAGAGAUUUUGGCCACACCUUUCAGUGCCUAUUUGAUGACCUUUGAUAUAUGGUACCCUUAUAUCCUUGGGCUCGUUGUAAUCGUAAUAGGCACUUUGCCAGCUAUUUUCAUUCCAGAGACCCUCGCAGACGCCAAAGCAAAAAUGAAAAUGAAAAUACACCAAGAUGAAGCUCCACUGACGUCGAUUGAAGACAUGGAGCCACCAAGCAAACAACCAAUGUUGCAGGAAAUUAUCCACCAGGCCCGCGAGUUCAAAAAAUCCACCCGAUUCAUUUGGAGAGAUGGCAAUAUUUGCCUCCUAGUUAUAAUCGCUGGGGUCGGCUUCAUGAGUCGACAGUCGACUGCUUUACUGAUGCAAUACGCGUCCAAGAAGUUCAACUGGAGCAUUGGCAAGGUACAUACUACUCUUCUCCAUUUAAUUCGAUUGCAACGAGUAUACGUUUUACUGACAUGGCGCAACCAGGCCAGCCUACUCAUCUCGCUCCGUGGGAUAUUUAGUUUGUCAAACUAUCUUGUUCUCAUGCCCGCAUUCAACUCCAUCGCCGGCAAAUUCUUUAACCUGCAUGGCAAGUACCGAGACUAUCGUCUCACUCAAGUGACCAGUGUGUUCACCGCGGUCGGAUUUGGUAUCAUGGCCUUCGCACCGGUUCCAGGCAUCUUGAUCUGGGGUCUAGUAUUCCUCUCUAUUGGAUUGGGCUUCCUGGUCGCUACCCGUACUCUUGUCACUGCUCUCGUCCUACCCAACCAUAUCGGAACACUUUAUUCGGCCCUUGCAAUCUCACAGGCGCUGGGAGGCCUCAUCGCAGGUCCCCUUUUCGCCUAUCUGUUCCGACUUGGAAUGCAUCUCGGCAAUGCUUGGAUGGGUCUACCGUGGCUCCAAGCAUCUGUCAUCUUCAUCCUGGUUUCCAUCGUGUCCUGGUAUAUUCGAGUGCGCGAUCCUAUAUCGCAUGAUGAGGAAGAGCCACUUCUUGCCGAAUGA